CUCAGCUUACCAUAUCUGCAAGCUGCCUGCCCAUGCCGUGUACCUUUCAAACACACGUUUUGGAUUCUGAUCUUCAGAAGUCCUUCUCACGUCAAUAACCAAACACGUCUCUGAGAAGAGAAAGGCAAGGAAGAAGAGAUAGAUAUAAGGGAUUGGUACUGGAUACAUGGAUGGAUGUUCUGGUAAAAGAGCUGUCGAUGGGCUUGUUGUCACGAGAAAGGGUUCUGGUCUUGUUCCAAGAGAUACUGUUAGUAAUAGAGACCAAAAUGCUCAAUUUUGCAACAGAGUUGGUUGCAGUGGCCGGCUGAAUUCCAUGAAAGGCACUCAAAUUGACUGCUCUGAAAAAGCUAAAUAUUCAAGGUCUUCAUUUCGCCCUUCUUCUAGUGGCAAGGAAAUAAUUGGAGGCUCCUCAAGGACUUGUGCAGCAGUCAGCAAUGCAAAAAAGUCCUCCACAAAUCCCCCGAAAAAGGGGUCUCCCCAAAUUGACACAGAUUCAUCUGAAACUAGUAGUGUUCAGGAUGAGCCACCGGUUUCAGAACUCACACCUCUAUCUGGAAAGAUUCAAAGAGGGCUUCGCCCUGAAUCUGAAGACACGAAUUCUAGGGCUGUUAUGACGACAGAAGAGGCAAGCUCGAAUGCAGUAUCAAACACAAGAUCCCGGAGGAAUUUCCGUCAGAGAUCUGGAUUGGGCAACCGAGAUAUUUCAGGUGGUUCCUCUGUGUCUUUGCCAUCUAGGAGUACCUGUCAGACAGCAGCUGCUAACACAAGCAGGCAUGGUUCUACAAAUCUAAGGUGCAACUCUAUUUCUGAUGUUAUCCCCUCCAGUAGUAGUAGUUCUUUAUCACAGUCACGCAUUAGUAAAAGGAAGGAUAUGGUUAAAAAGAGAAAUUCAGAAGGUGAAAGUAGUUUAUCCUCUAGAGGGAAGAAAACAACUGAAUCAUCGCCAGAAGUGCGGAAUCACAGUAAUAACCAUGGUGUCUGCAUUUCUGAUUCAAGACGAGCCAGGAAUUGGCCUCCUAACAGGGAUAAUGGUAUUACAUCUGUUAGGACACGGAGAUCAACCAAUGUUAACAACCGGGCAAGGCUCUCUAAUCAAGGAAAUGGAAAUGUUUUAGCACCAAACGAGUCCCCUAUUGGGUUUCCACAAGUGUCUGAAUCUGAUAUAUCUAGUGAUUUAAAUGUUCCUUCUUCAUCUCCUCUGUUCCCUUUUGAAACUCCGUCAGGUUGCCGGGGUUCUUACAGUCGACCUGGCAGUAGCAGUGGAAGUUUACAAGGUUUUGUACCUGGUAGUCCCUCAGAAGUUGGCAUUGCUCGCUCCUUAAUCAGUCGUGAUAACUUUGGGCACUACAACAUAGAUGGCAUUGCAGAGGUAUUGUUGGCACUUGAGAGGAUUGAACAAGAUGAAGAAUUAUCUUAUGAGCAAUUACUUGUUUUAGAGACCAAUUUGCUCCUUAAUGGCCUGAAUUUUUACGACCAGCAUAGAGACAUGAGACUGGAUAUUGAUGACAUGUCGUAUGAGGAGUUAUUAGCUCUGGAAGAGAGAAUGGGUACUGUGAGCACUGCAUUAACGGAAGAAGCAAUAUCAAAAUGCCUUACAACAAGCAUUUAUCACUCAAAAGCUCCAAUGGAUGCCAUUAUGAACUGCAGUGACAACACCGAUGACGUUAAAUGCUCUGUUUGUCAGGAAGAGUAUUUUGCUGGAGAUGAAGUGGGGAGGCUACAUUGUCAGCAUAGAUAUCAUGUGGCUUGCAUAGAGCAGUGGCUACGGCUGAAGAACUGGUGCCCUAUUUGCAAGGUAGCAGCUGAACCCUUGCCGCGGUCUUCACAACAAGAUUCAAUUGUUUAAAAUGAUGCAGGAGACAGACUUCUUCUUUUGUUCAUUUUGUAACAAUUAAGGGAGUCCCUUCAUCUUUAAUCUUAUCUUCUUUAUGUACAUAACAAGUGCCCCAUUCAUCUUCAUCAAGUAAUAAACCCAAAGAAGCUGAUCUGCUGUGGGAAUUCCAUCUUCUCAUUAAAAAAGUAAACUGUGAAUGAAAUUUUAUACAAAUUUCUGUUCUUUUA